AUGUUUGCUGACGAAUACGCCGAGCGCUUAAACAACGCUAUCAAAUUUGUCAAGAGCCAAAUCACAGGCACACCAGAGGUCGGUGUUGUCCUUGGUUCUGGCCUUGGAUCAUACGGACAAGAGCUUGCUGAACCAAUCACAAUCCCAUACAAGAACAUCCCAGGUAUGCUCGAUACUACAGUCCCAGGUCACUCUGGAUGCCUUAUCUUCGGCAAGAUUGGCGAGGUUAAGGUCCUUUGCCUCUCUGGCCGUUCUCAUCAGUACGAAGGUCUCCAUCCACACGAAAUCCAAUUCGCUAUCCGUCUUCUUGGUGGCUGUGGCUGCAGACUUGUUAUUCUUACAAACGCCGCUGGCACAUGCGACGAAUUAUUAGAAGUUGGCGACCUUGCUCCAAUGCUUGAUCACCUUAACUUCACACACCGUGGUUACACAGAGGAACCACUCGAAAUCAAGGACUUCUACCACCUUAUUCAAAACGGAAUGUACGAUAAGGAAGCUCAGCAAGUCAUCCACGACGUUGCCGUCGAGAGCAACCUCUCCACACGUGGCUGCAACUACACAUACAACAUGGGCCCAACAUACGAAGCCCACGCUGAAGUUUGGGGCCAGAAGAAGCUCGGCUGCACAAACUUCGGUAUGUCCACAGUUGCUGAAGUCAUUGCCGCCAAGGAAAUCGGCGUUCCAAUUCUUGCUAUGUCUUUCGUUACAAACAAAGCCGCCGGUAUCACAGGCAAGCUACUUACACACGUUGAAGUCGCUGAAGCCGCAAAGAAGGGCGAAGAAGGCAUGAAGAAGCUUGUUUCAACAACAAUCAUGAGACUCCAGCCAAAGCUCAAGGAGAUCCCACCGAUUGUCUUCAAGGGCGACAAGGGCCGCAAGAUCACACGCGCAGAGCCAUCAGCUUUCGUCACAGAAGCUGAAAUCGAGGCCGCUGCUGCUCUCUUUGGCGAGACAAAGAUCGACACUGCCAUCGUCCUCGCUGGUACACACUCUGUCCCAGUCGAAGCUAAGGUCACAGUCUCUGUCUUAGACCUUCCAAAGUUCCCAGCCCUCCAGCACACACGCGCCCAGAUCAAGAUCGGCACACUCGCUGGCAAGAACGUCGCUGUUGUUGACGGAAUCUACGACUACUGCGGUUUCGACCACUACGCCACAUACUACCUUGUUAACCUCUUCGCCAAGCUCGGCGCUAAGGAGUACAUCCAGACAUUCGCUACUGGCUCAUUCGGCGAACAAGGCGUUAAGUACAUCAAGGAUGUUAUCCCACUCUUCGAACGCCCAAUCGUUGUCCCACGCGCUAUGCCACACCAGGGCAUGGAAGGCACAGCCAUCGUUGCUCCAUACCACGGCCCAGAAUUCUGGACACCAGCUGAAGGCAAGGCUAUGACAGUUAUUGGAGCUACACACGCCACACUUGGCCUUACAGUCGGUCUCGAGAUCGCUGCUGCCCUCAAGAUGAAGGUUGUCGGUAUCAUCGAUGGCGCCUUCGAUGCUCACCUCCUUGAAGGCACAACAAUAGAGCAGAUCGUCAAGGCUACAACAGCUGCUGCUCCAGAAGUUGCCAAGCUUGUUGAAGAAUCCCUUGCUAAGGUUGAGAACUCUGGCGAGCUCAAGGCUUCAUUCAAGGCUGGCGCUGAGAAGGGCAUUGAGUGGAAGGAUGCUCCAUCCCACAUCGUCAAUAAGCAGGAAUGCCCAGAUCAGGUCAAGGCUAUCGCUGAUAAGCUCAAGGACGUUACUGCUGCCAUCGUUGUCGAGUGCGACAAGUCCGCUCAGUACCAGGCUCUCGAGAAAUUCUUCAACUCAGAAAUUGAAAUCGAGGGCAAGAAGCUCCACCUCGCUACAAUCGAAGGCAAGGAAGUUUACGUCUCCCUCGCCGACCGCACACUUCUUCGUGCUUACGCUCAGAAGAAGAUCCACGUCAUCGGCCUCGGCUGCGUUGUCGCUACACCAAACAAGGCCAACGAGAAGCACGAAGUCAUCCCCAACACAAUCAAGGAAGGCCAGGUUGUUUGCGUCAUUGACCACAUGAACAUUGUUGGCAUUUCCCCACUUAUGGGCUCCAACAAGUUCGGAACAAGAUUCCCGGAUCUUGCUCACAUCUACCAGCCAGUUGAGGGACUUGAGAACGUUGUCGCUUUCAACGUUCCAAGCCUCAACGUUGCUACAGAAGCUUACGUCGCUGCUGCAGGCAAGAUGGGCUGCGGCACUGUCAACCAGUUCGGCGCUGUCAACUCAACAAUCGUCCGCCAUUCUGAGGGUAAAUACACUCACAUCGCUAUGGUUGUUAAAUGCCCAAUGUGCGCUUGGACCAUCGAUCCUUCAAUCAUUGCUAAGGCAUUCUAA